AGUAUUGAAGCCGGAGCCCGCGGCGGCGUACGCAGUUGGAGGCGGCGGGCGUCCGAACCGGUCCGUGGUGCCUGAGGCUCAGAGAGACGCGCCCCGAGCUCGGCCUGUGAUGAGCACCUCGACCGUGCCGCGGGACCUGCAGCUGCCCCCGACCCAGAGAACCCAGCCGGCGUUCAGAGAGCAAAGAAAGCAAAAACUGAAGGAACAUCUGUUAAGAGGGAAAACAAUGUUUGCAUUCGAACAGGAAAAUCAGAUAGCCAGAGGCCAGAAAGUGAUGACAUCUGAAGAUCAGUUUCAAGAAGGGAAAAAAGUUCUGAAACUCAAAACAAAAAUGGCUGAUAAAGAAAAUAUUGAAAGACCUACAGAGAGCAAAAAUAAGACAAUAGAAAAAGACUGUAGUCCUUUGAAACCUACUAAUGAGUUAACCACUUCAGAAGUGCAUAAUUUUGAGGAUGAUCAAAGUAUGCAGUUAUUACCAAUUAAAAAUGAUUUCCAAAGUCAAAAUAUGACAUUAAGCCAGGCAUUUCACCUUAAAAAUACUAAUAAAAAGAAGCAAGUAACUGCAGAAAAACCAAAGCAAGAUGCUAACAUGCCCCCAAAACCCGUUCUUGGGUGUUACCGUGGGCAGAUUGUUCAGUCUAAGAUUAAUUCAUUUAGAAAGCCUCCACAAGUCAAAAAUGAGAAUUCUGCAACAACAGAGAAACCUUUAACUACUACUUUCUCUAAAGCCACAAAGCCUGUAAACACCAGCAGUGUUAGGGCCCCAAAUAUGACUGCUGUCACCAAAUCUAUAAGCAAUAAAUCAGUGAGCACUGCAUUGAAGAGCACGCUUGUUCAGCCACCUGUUAGAAGUCACAAUAACACUCAGGGCACCAUGAAACGAGGCCUCAGCAGGACCUCUGCCAGCGUUACAAUCAGAAAAGGACCUCAUGAAAAAGAAUUAUUACGAUCAAAGACGACUUCAUCUAUUAUCAAAACCAGUUCUUCUCAGGACAUAAAAAGAAAUAAAGCACUAUCAAAAGGCAUACCUGAAGCUGUAGCCAGUACUGAUUCAUCUUCCAAUACCAAACUGGUAGAGAAGUCAAAAACUGUUGACCAGCGCAGAUAUACUAUAGCAAGAGCAACUAUUGAUAAAUCAUUCCAGCCCAAAGAAACCACAGAAGAGAGAAAAGCACGUCUGAAUGAUUGGAGAGCUAGCAAAGGAAGAAUACUGAAAAGGCCUCCCAAUUCAAUAGUUGCCCAGCCUGAGCCAGAAGGACAGAAUGAAAAACCAGUUGGGUCCUUUUGGACUACCAUGGCAGAAGAAGAUGAACAAAGAUUAUUUACUGAAAAAGUAAACAAAACAUUUUCUGAAUGUCUGAACCUGAUUAAUAAGGGAUGCCCCAAAGAAGAAAUUUUAGGCACAUUGAAUGACCUGAUACAAAAUAUUCCAGAUGCAAAAAAACUUGUUAAAUAUUGGAUAUGUCUUGUACGUAUUGAACCAAUCACAAGUCCUAUUGAAAAUAUUAUCUCAAUCUAUGAGAAGGCCAUUCUAGCAGGAGCUCAGCCUAUUGAAGAGAUGCGACACACAAUUGUAGAUAUCCUAACAAUGAAGAGUCAAGAAAAAGCUACUUUAGGAGAGAAGAGGAAUGUCGUUUGGAGUCUUAACCCAGUUUGUAGGGUCCUGGCAAUACCCUGUGGCAUAUUUGUCCAAACUGCUAGAAGAGGUGGCUGCUGGAUGACCGUUCUGGCUGUGGAUACGAGGCCAAGGAGACCAGCAAACUAUAAGACAUCCCUAAAUCUCAUGGGCCCACAUGCAGUCAUGCCUUUGAUGGACCACUGGGGGCACCACUAGCUCAACAACCCACCUCUGAGCCAAUACCAGAGUUUCCUAUGCAGAACCCCCUGAGUAUACCUGGAAACAGUCAAAACAUAAGUCCUGCCAUUUCCUUACCUGCUGAGUUGAGGCCUCCAGACCAUGAUUGCAUUGAAACAACCUAUGAAAUAUAUUUGAGUCUCCCAGACCUCACAGAUCAGCCUUUAUUCUUCUCGGACCAAACAUACUGAUAGCAGCAGCUCUCUGUCAAAUGGGCAGUAUCUGGCAGGAUAUGUGGUGGUUAACAAAGACAGAAGUAAGGGAGUCAGAAGCCUUCCCAAUGGGAUGGUCAGUUCAACAGGCAGAACUGUUAGCUCUGUUAUCCCUAAUCAGGCCCUGGAGUUGACAAUGGUAAACACCUACAUAGACUUGAGAUACACCCUUACCAUCCUCCCUAUGUGUGGUGCCCUCUAUAAGAAAAGGGGACUUCUCAGGAGGUAAAGCAAUAGAAAAUCAAAUUCCUACGCCCUCUAGAAGCAGUUUGGGGCCUAGUGGCCAUGGCCAUCAUCCACUGCCAAGGAUACCACAAAGAAAACCACAAUCAAAGGAACCAGGAAAAGCAUCAACAAUAAAGGUGCUAUAGGUUCCUCCAACAAAAGCUCAAUGACUUCAGCCCUACCCAGGCACCUGAACUGCACAUGUGAAGGGAAUGCCUGGAUGAGACAAGGGAAAGGAACCAAGAAUUCAAGUGGAUGGUGGCUCCUUUACUGAGAGAGGCCCCUUUGCCCCAGAUUACCCAGCUCAUCUCAUGAUCAUCAGCUUCCUGAGGAUACCCAUAUGGGAAUAACCCAAUAAACCAGUAUCACUGGCCAGAUUUUCUACUCUACAGAAUUGUAAUCUGAAGAUGCUAAACUUGUUCCUGCAACAAUGCUGAACAAAGAUCCUCCUAGCCACUGGGGUAUAAAGAACUGAGCAAAGCUUGUUUGAAGAUGUGGAAGUACUUUACUGAACUAUCACUUAGCAGAGGCUAUAAGUACCUUCUGAUCAUUAUAGGUUUCUCAAUGGGUUAGAGGCAUAUCCCACCAGAACUGAAAAGGUCUGACCCAAGAUUCCCUGGAGUGUAACUAGUGCCUGUGCUCUACCCACAUGGAGGAAGGGUCACCCCAACACUAAUCCAGUACACCCAUUUUUCAUGCUGCAGAGAGAUCCAAGGAACCUGUACCCAUGACAAGACCACCUAUUCCAUCUGCGGAGAGGCAGCAUAGAAACUGGGGCAAGACCAAUUUGUCUUGACCCACAGUUCCCUAAUUGAAGAAUGGCCAAAAGUCUGGAGAACCUCAGCCCAAGUCCUUAAUCCAGGUCAACUCAAGGCACUGACCUUUGAUGCAUAUAAGGUAGUAGAUAGGUCCUUCUGGGAAUAGUUUUCACGUGGUAGCUUAUUUUAGGAACAAAAAUACAGACUCAAUGACAAAUGUGUGUGUAAAGAAGAUACUAUAUGGUAACGAUGUGGCAGAGAUUGAGGCCUUGACUUCUACCCUUAUUGAAGCUGUGUUACAUGGGUUACUUGGUAGAAAGGAGAUGCAUCAGCAGUCCUCCAGGAAGGGAUUGCUACAUCCAGCUAUGCAUGAGGAGCCUGUAAUCCCAUUAACUUUUCCAUCCUAAACCCAGGGGUCCUGAAGUGUGAUGAAGGCCACUGAAUCGGUGUGUGUAUUGAUGGUAGAGGUGAUGAGUUGUCUUACUUGUCAAAAGGUUAAACAGACAAGACAGGCCCAAACUUUCCAGGUGUUACUCUCCAUGAAGUCAAUGAGAGUUGCCCCAGACUGUGUUUGUUUGUUUGUUUGUUUGUUU